CAGCACUGCUCCAGCAUUAUCUGUCAAAGUCAGGCCAGAACCAAAAGGAGUGCAAAGUGACAAACUAUGGCAGCAGGAGUUUCAAGUGAUCACAAUCUAGAGGAAUUGCUUCAGAAAGUAACGGAUCCUUGCAGUGAAACAGUAGAUGAAUUAGCCAUAAAUUUAUUCUGCUCUGCGGUGCGAGCGGAUCCGACCUUAAUAAAGAAAUCAACUGAACUGAUCGUAUCAAAAAUAAAGAGUCCUAACGUAACACAGUCUCGAAAAGCGAUAGAACUGUUGGAAGAAUGCAUGUCAAAAUGUGGCUCCGAAUUUCAAAUGGCCGUUGCUCGAUUUCAAUUUCUCAACGAACUCAUCCGGUUGGUUUCCAAGAAAUUUUCAGGCGAUGACACUCCAUCUGAAAUUCGUAACAAAAUAUUGGACUGCCUCUCACUGUGGACUGUGCAAUAUCCUGAACGAGUGAAAAUCAAGGAGGCAUAUGAAACUCUGCUGAGAAGUGGAGUUCAACACGAAGUGACCCCGACUAUUUCAACGUGCAACAAACGAACUGACUUCAUAGACGGUGAAAACGAAAAACUUUUGAAGAAACUUCUGAGUAGCAAAAACCGAGAUGAUUUUCAACGAGCAAAUCUACUCAUUCAGUACUUAGUUAAGCAAGAUGCGAAGAAAACGGAGCUGGCAGCACGUCAACGGGCGGAAUUACAGGAAGCGCGAAACUCAGCUACGCUCCUCAACCAAAUCACAGACCGUUGGGUCGAGGACGGUAUGGUGGGCGAUUUGGAGCUUGCCAAGGAAAUCUACAAUUUAUGUGUUAAAUCGAAAAGCAUUAUCAUGAAGAUGCCUGAGAUUAUUGAAGAUAACGAGCAACUGUUGGGUGAUGCAAUAGAGGUUAAUGAAAUUUUACAUGGGGUAAUAGUGACGUAUGAUCAGUUAGUUUCGAAUGAGACAAUGCAGAAGACAAGUACAAAGACAGAAACACAGUUGACAGAUUUGUUAGCUCCAACUGAAGCCCACAAGGAGGCAGAUACGAAAACUCCAUUGAAUCCACUAGACGAAUUGUCAGAUAUUUUCAGUCAAAACUUGAAAGCAACGCCGAUUGCACCUAGUAUAGAUUUACUGGAGCCGAUAGCGGUAAAAGCUACUUCAUCUCUUCCGAAAGUGGAACCGUGUAUAAAAGACCUGAAGGACCAAGGCAGUUUGAUGAAUGGUACACGGACACUUCCAGACAUUGAUAAACUUAGUGAAGAAUUAUUUAUGGAAAGCCUCAAUUCUAGCCAACGAAUCGGGACAUUCAAAAAGGAACCAACUAAGAUAGCUAUCAAAGACCUGGUAAAAGAAAGUUCAAAAGAAGAUAAAAAUCAAAAAGACUCGGAUCCCAAACCAAACGAAAUAACAACAAAAGAAGAUGUUCAAGAGACUAGUCAACCGAAAGGAAUCAUAGAUGUACCAGUUAAUUUCUUAGAUAUUUUGGGAAGUACAAAAGCAAGCGAGUUUGAAGACAUUCCUGAAGGUGACAAUACUGCAAAGCAUGCGAUUUCGAACGACGAUAAAGAUGCUUCGGUGCUGCUUCUCGACGAUUUACUUUCCGUUGAUACGCUUCAUCCAAUGAAGGGUAGCGAUGAAUCUUUGCAGAAAAUCCCCACUUUGCCCAUAGCUGACGAUGAAGAAAUAAUUAAAAUAACAGAAGAAGUGCCGAAAAAAGUUAUAAAACAUUUAUCUGAAAUAAAUAUUGAAUUGGAUUCAAUACAACCUGGUAACGAACGACCCCGGGUAGUGAUGGAUGAUAUUCAGGGGCUACGUGUGACUUUGAAUUUCGCCCUGGAUCGGCCUUCCCCGAAUGUUUCGGUAAUUGUGAUUUCAACCAUUAAUCAAAGUUCCUCACCAAUUAGCGAGUAUCAAUUCGAUGCCAGUGUGCCGAAGCCUUGUAAAUUGCGACUCCUCGCUCCCACUGGAAGUAACUUGCCUGGAGUAAAACCAUUCCGACCCCCGACGGACGAUAUUCAACAGAUUCUUCUGCUAUCGAACCCCACUCAGAAGCCAGUAGACUUAACUUGCAUAAUUGGAUACCAACAGGGAGAUGACCCAGACCCGAUCAAAGAGUCGGUUGUAGUGAAAGAUAUCCCUUGCUGUGAAUAGUGUACCUAGUGCAUUUCAAUAUAAAGAUCAUGUAGAAAAUGCUGGAAAUCAACCUUCCAAUAUGCCGGAAUUUUAUUUGUAAUGAAAUUGUCAUGAUUUAUUCCAUACUCCCGGCAAAAAUUUAUCUUAACCCCCUCGAGGUGUAGCUGGAGCUUUUAAAGCGUUUAGAGGUAAUCAUUUUAAGACCAAUAUUGUUAGGUUUUAUCUUUUAUUCAUUUUAUUACGUAUUUAUACUUGUCAUUUCAUUUAUUGUUGUAUCAAAUCGUGAUAUUGUACACAA